AGCGCAGAUCCUGCGCCGGCUUGGAGCAAUAGUGCGCGGGUGUGCGGAGCGGCUGGUCAGCGGGAUGGGCUCGCGCCUAGUGGCUUAACCGGGGCCGUGUUUCCUCUGGCCAUGUAGCGCAGACCCCGUGCUCUCUCCUCUUGCCUCGUCUGGUGGAGCCAUUCCCGAGCAGUCCGGCGGGGACCAUGCGGAGAGCCCCGGUGCCCGGGCUGCUCCUGCCGCCUCCACCGCUGCUGCUACUCUUGGGGCUACUGGUUCUGGACAGGGGCUGCACGGCGCAGUACUCGAGCGAUCUGUGCAACUGGAGGGGGAGCUUGGGGCAAUCGAGCCUCGCAUAUCCUGGGGCAAUCAGUGGAUUAACGCAUGAAUCUCACAAAAAGGAUGUUGAACAGAUCUACCUCCGUUGUUCUGAAGGAUCCAUAGAAUGGAUGUAUCCCACAGGAGCACUGAUAAUCAACUUGCGACCUAAUAUUUUUCUUUCCUCUUCCAAACAUUGGACUGUUUGCAUAAAGCCCCUUAAAGACUCUGCAGGAGCAAAUAUUUAUUUGGAAAAAACUGGAGAACUUAAAUUGCUGUUCCGAGAUGGAGACCAUAGCUCCACUAGAGUGCAUUGCUUCAGUUUUGAACAGGGUGGACUCUUUGUUGAGGCUACCCCUCAGCAGGACAUUAGUAGGAAGAUUACAGGCUUCCAGUAUGAACUAAUAAACAAGGGGACAGCAUCAGAUUUGCACAUGAUUUAUGCUCCCUGCCGACCUUGCAGUGACACAGAAGUACUCUUGGCUGUCUGCACGAGUGACUUUGUUGUCAGAGGUAUCAUCCAAAAUGUAAUUAAUGAGGAAGAACAGCAAGAUUCUAUAAUUGAUGUGAGUGUGAACAGAAUCUACAGGCAGAAAACGAAGAUCUUCAAACCUGCAGAUGAAACUGGUACCUGGGAAGGACAGAUCAAGACCCUGCUGCAAUGUGGGGUGAAACCAGGAGAAGGAGACUUCCUCUUCACAGGCCGCAUGCACUUUGGGGAGGCCAGAUUAGGCUGUGCCCCCCGUUUCAAGGACUUCCAAAGGAUAUACAAAGAGGCCAAGGACAAAGGACUAAAUCCAUGUGAAAUUGGCCCAGACUGAUAUGGCAUUUUCCAUCUGUAGGUUACCCCUGGGGCUCGGCCAGAACUAAUUCCUAGUUGCUGCAAAUGCGCUGAUCUAAAUGGAAACUAAUAACAGAGUGGUGGAGCAAUCUGAUGAAAUGAUCUCCUUUAUGGAAGUUUUAAAAAGAAGACUGGAUGAGCAUCUUAUCAGGGACAGUUUAAGUCAACGAGUUUGUGCUUUUGGAGGAUGGACUUUUUACCUUUGAGGUACUUUCACAACUGAAUCUUAUGACUACAAGAACCACACAAGCCAACUCUUCUGGCCAAUGAUACUAUUAUAUUAAUACAAGUGACUGAGGUACGAAUUUAAAAGAUCCAAGGCUUGAAUGCAAUCUCACAUUUUGUCCAUAUAAACUGAAUCAUUUUUGAAGCUUCUUUAGGGAGAAAAGCAAACGAAGAAGUGAAACAACUUCAAUGUCUUACAAAUACCAAUUGACCGAUAAAAUCUUUGUAUCUUUGUAAUACUAAAGUUUUAAAAUGUGUUAAGCAGAUGUAGCAGUUUUGCAUGGUAUAAAAUGGACAAAAGUGUGGUAGAAGCCAGUGAAACAGUCUUAACAUUGAUGCUUUGUAAAAAGCUUGGUGUACAAUUUUGAAAUUGUUUCUUAUGACAGAAAUUUAUGAAACCAAACAUUUGCUUUCCUUUUUUAAAAAAAAUAAAAAAUAUGCGAAUGUACAAUUACCACCUGCAAUUUUUGCUCAGGCUGGUGAGUUGUUUUCAUUCCAGAGAAAUAAAAAAAAUCCUGGAUUUGA